ACCUAUUAGACGAAUAAAACUUGUAAAACAAAUAAAGUGAACAAACGUUGGUGGCGUCACAGACGACGUCAGUUGGUCACGUGACGCGCAUGCGCAGUGACGUUUUUCUUUUCCAGUGAAGCCAGCCAGAACCGGCGGCGGUCAUCAUCGCGAGUGUCGAGCAGCGGCGUAGAGAAGAGGUGGAAGCGGGCGGAAGCAUGGCCGCGGACUCAGUGGUGAGCAGCGUGAACGGCAUCGGCAUGUCGGAUAACUUCCAGAAACCGCUCGGCGCCAACGGACACAGUCUGAACGUGGUGCUGGGGACGCAAUGGGGCGACGAAGGCAAGGGCAAACUCGUCGACCUGCUCGCCAACGACGCCAACAUCGUUUGCCGGUGUCAGGGUGGCAACAAUGCUGGCCACAUGGUGUGGGUGGGCAACGUUGCGUACGACUUCCACCUUCUGCCCAGUGGUCUGACCAACAGCAAAGUUACUGCCCUCCUGGGGAAUGGCAUGGUGGUGAAUGUGCCUCAGCUCUUCGAAGAGAUCAGAAAGCUCGAGGACAAGGGCAUGGACGUUCGCUCUCGCCUCCUCAUCUCGGACCGUUCACAUCUCGUUUUUGACUUCCACCAAGCUGUCGACGGUCUCCAGGAAAUCGAAAAGGGUGCUAAAAGCAUAGGAACCACGAAAAAGGGCAUUGGACCAACAUAUGCCUGCAAGGCAUCCAGAACAGGACUGAGGAUGGCGGAUCUUGUGGGGGACUUUGCAGUGUUUGAGCAACGGUUCCGGAGCCUGGUGGAGACAUACCAUCGCCUCUUCCCCUCCACCCUCAAGGUGGACAUGGACGCGGAGCUGGCAAAGUACAAGGAGCAUGCAGUGCAGCUGCGCCCUUUCGUGAUCGACACGGUGUCGUACCUGAACCAGGCCCUGAAGGAUGGAAAGAAGAUACUGGUGGAGGUGGCCAACGCCUGUCUGCUGGACAUCGACUUUGGCACGUACCCCUUUGUCACGUCGUCCAACUGCACGGUGGGCGGCGUGUGCACAGGCCUGGGCAUUCCCCCCAAGGUGAUCCAGAAGGUCUUUGGCGUCGUGAAGGCGUACACGACGCGUGUCGGAGACGGGCCCUUCCCCACCGAGCAGAAGAAUGAGGUUGGAGACCGUCUGCACAGCGUGGGCGACGAGUUCGGCGUGACAACGAAGAGACCUCGGCGUUGUGGCUGGCUGGACCUGGUGGUUCUCCGCUACUCCAACAUGAUCAACGGCUACUCUGCGAUUGCUUUGACGAAGCUGGACGUCUUGGACGGAUUUGAGGAGAUCAAGGUCGGCACCGGGUACCGCCUGGAUGGCAAGCUGCUCAAGACGCCACCGGCAAACACGGACGACCUGUACCGCAUCCAAGUGGAGUACAUUACGCUGCCCGGUUGGCAGGCGCGGACGGAGGAAUGCCGCAAGUACUCGGAGCUGCCCCCGAACGCCCGCAAGUACGUCGAGACCAUCCAGCAGCUCCUCGAAAUCCCCAUCAAGUGGAUUGGAGUUGGCAAGUCACGUGCAUCAAUCAUAGAAGUCUUCUAAUUGUUGGACCCCACUGAUACCUCAUCAUUUUAUUUUUUCCGGGGAGAGGGGAGGGGUUUUUAUCAAAACUAAGCGUCCUGGCGUCCGACAGCAUUUCUCGGAAGGGUAGCACUACAGCCAAAGUUCCCAACUGUCUGCCCGGGAUAACGGCACACGCGUCACGAAAAGUCUGGAGUGGUGGCAAUGUACUUUAUUUUCGACCGUUUUGUACUGACUGAACUUGGAGGUCCCUGUGUAGGUCUGCUUUGCAAGAAGAAAGGGAGGGAAUAAACGUCUUUAAUUCCUCUAGUCCGAUGCUCGAGGACUUUAGUGCAUCUAGUCCGAUGCAGGAGGAGCAAAAGAUAAAAUGUGUCAUACAAGAAAACAUGCUUCGUUCAAAUAUUAUUGUUUCCGCCUCCUAGUUCCAAGAGUUUGCCGUACUAUUCUAGCGAACAAUUCUGCGAGACGGCGGGAGCACGCUUACUAUUAGAUCGUCGUGUGUUUUGUCACACUUAAUUUCCCAGGGUUGUCGCUUGCUCGAGAAGUAUCGGCAUUUGCGAGGUUUUAUGGAGUCUUUGAAGUCUCAGUAUUGGCGUUUCUGUCAGAAGAUUUUUUAACCUGUUACCUGCAGUUCAGGGCUCCGUUGAUGUCAUUAAAGGUGGAUAUUUUCA